AUGCAUGAGGCUGCAGGUUUGAAACCGAUUCCACUGGCUGCUGCGUCCCCAACUGCUUGCAUUUUUCUUGUCAAAUGUGAUUACUUCUGCACCCUGAUUCCCGAUGGUGACUUCAUUUUUUAAGCCGGAUACUCAGCCUGCUUGGUGCAGAAGGAGAAAGCAAAUUACAGGCUGGGAAUCAGAAUAUUUCAGAGACGGGUGCAGGGGUUGGAGCAGAGCGACCGCUACAUAAUGAAGUGCCCAGUGUUAAGGUCCAGGCCGGGCCAAGAGAGCGGCCACUGCCGACCCACGUCCACGCAGCUACGGGUGCCCGGGCCUGCCUCUCCCUCCAGUCGCGAACUCCUUGCCAGCAGGGGCUGCGUCUCCUUCAGCCUUUUAUUCUUCAGGGUCCUUAUCGGACGGCCCUGCCCUUGGUCGGGGAAAGGAUUGCCUGCCUCAGCGGCCGCAUCAAGGACUGCUCCCUGCCCACCAUCCCCAGGACCCGAGAACCCAACAGGAAUGCCUUCUGCUGCCUCUUCCCAGUUCCAAACAGCAGGACCAGCCGCUAUGGAAGAUUCUCGGUGCGAGGACCUCCUCCGCAGCCCCCUCCCUGGGGUCCCGAGGACUUCUGUCACCCUAACUGACGGUCUAGGAACUCUCAGGCCAGAGCAGGCCCCCACCCAGCCACCAGGAAGUCCCCUCCUGCUGGGAGGGUUGUCACAGGGUGUGGCUGCCACUGAGCCCACGCAGAGGAGGCCUAGCCAGGCCAGCCAGGAGGUCGAGCCAUUGGUGAGGCUCACUGACCAGCUGGCGGAAGAGUCGGCGGGUCCCCCUGCUUCUUCAGGGAGCCCAGGAAACAUUCUCCGCAGUGGAGGCCUGGGGCCACCCGGGAAGGGGGCCAGAGGGUACCUGGGCCUGUCAUCCCCAGAACCAAGUGAGGACAGGGAGCGGCCAGGACUCACCCUUCUGCUGGGGACACAUCCACUGCCCUAA